AGGCCAAAGCCGGGACGCUCGUUUAUCACAUAAGUUUAAUAUCAGCACUUUCCAAAAGGGCAAAGCGGACGUUAACAUAUUUAGUGCCGUGGCAUAAUAGCAACUGAUAUAACGUUUUGGGGAAAUCUAUUCUCACAUAUAAAGAAAAUCAUCAAUUUUUGUAAAUAAAAAUUCAACCAAUCCAAGGACUAAAGAGAAAACGUCACAUUUAGAAAGUAAAGUGAAAAGUGAAAGAAUGAGUUUAAAGAAAAUGGAUUUAAAUAAAUGUUGCUUUUUUGUGUUGAGUGGAUUAAUGAAUCCGUUAAGCAAACCGUUGGCAUUGGAAAUGUGUCGCCGUUUCAAAUCGGGCUCUAUAGCGAUACUUAUCGAAGCUAACGAUGAAAAUUUACAAGAAAUCCGUAAGGAGAUUGAAUAUUUUAGAAACGAUAUCACUGUAAUUUGCUGCAACUGUAACGAUUGGGUAGGAGCCAAUCGAAAGCUAUUUGGUCGAAUUCUAGCCAACACACUCGAUCGUCGAAAAUUGGUAGAGCAAUUUGAGUUGGCUUACAUAUUGCAUAAUGACGGUAUGAUAGCAACUGAAGAAUUGAUGGAACCUCAAGACGUGUCGGCUUGGUUAAGCUAUGUGAAACGUCAUCUGGAUGCUGUUGUUGCGCUAAAUGAAGAAUUUCUAAAGAGUCCUCAAUUGAAUAAAGUGCCCAAGCUUGUUGUUAAUAUUACAUCGAGCGUGCAUAUCCAACCGUUGAUCUACAAUUCGUUAUAUUGCUCGUGCCGUAAAGCACGUGAUAUGUAUUUUCGUUCAUUGGCUUGUGAAGAGUCCCGCAACGAUAUUGCGGUUUUAAAUUAUUCGCCUGGAAUUCUUGCCUCGCAUAAGUUGGAAGAAUGCGAUCUAAAUAACAAUACUUUCAAUUUAUCGCAAUUGAUAGCCGAAGAAAAACAUAUUAAGGGUCCGCGUGUUCAUCCAAUGAAAACGACUCAAAAAUUGUUAAACAUUUUGGAGGAAAUUUCUUUCAUUUCCGGCCAUGAUGUCGACUAUUACGAUACCUAUGUUUUAUGAAUAGUGCUGUAUGAAUAUUAUCGAAUACUGGGCGAAUGGCAAAUAUUUCUUCGUCAAGUAGUAGAUAAUAUUGAGACGAACAAUUGCUUCAACAUUGUAGACCAUGGCUAUGUGUUUGGAUUAAGCGAUGACAAUAAUUUGAUUGAAAAUGAUCUAAUAAUUGAUUUAAAUAAAUUGUUGAUGAUCUUGACCUUACUGCUGG